AUGUCAGAAUUAACUCAACGUCGUAAACGACCGGCGACAUCAACGACUAAUAAUAGUGGAACAGUUAAUGAUUCGGCUAGUGAUGGUAUUUCUCAAUCAAAUGAAAAUGAUCGAGAUAGAGAUGAUGAACGUGACAAUGAUGAUGAUAAAGAAACACGUUUAACACUCAUGGAAGAAGUACUUUUACUUGGACUUAAAGAUCGAGAAGGUUAUACAUCAUUUUGGAAUGAUUGUAUUUCGUCUGGUCUACGAGGAUGUAUCCUAACAGAAUUAGGUUUUCGUGGUCGUGUUCAACUUGAACAAACUGGUGCACGUCGUCGAGCAAUAGCUAAUCGAAAAGUAAUGUUACUUGAUGAUACACCUACAGGUGACGUUUUACUUAAUGAAGCUUUACAACAUAUAAAAGAAACCCAACCACAAGAAACAGUACAGAGUUGGAUCGAAUAUCUUAGUGGUGAAUGUUGGAAUCCAUUAAAAUUAAAAUAUCAAUUACGUAAUGUUCGUGAACGUUUAGCAAAGAAUCUCGUUGAUAAGGGUAUAUGUAGUACUGAAAAACAAAAUUUUUUUCUUUUUGAUAUGACAACACAUCCACUCAAUGAUAACGUACACAAAGUGAAAUUAAUAAAAAAACUUCAAGAUAGUGUAUUAUCACGCUGGCCAAAUGAUCCACGUCGUAUGGAUAGACGUAUAUUAGCAUUGAUCUAUUUGGCACAUGCAAGUGAUGUUCUUGAAAAUGCAUUCACUUCAUUAUCAGAUGAAGAUUACGAAGUAGCCAUGAAACAUGUACGUGAAUUGCUCGAUCUUGAUCCAGAUCAAGAAUCAAGCAAAUAUGAUCCGAAAAUGGAAACUAUGUGGGCUGUUGUAUCAGCAUUCAAUAAAUAA